UGAAGGGGGAGGGUUGGAGGAACCCUUGAGUCCUCCCAUUCAGAAUUUGUCCUGGGGUUCUAGGCGGGGCUUAGGGUCCUGCGCUCCCUGCCUGAAAUUGUAGGUAAAACUUAGUUGUUAGUGACUGUGAUGUGUUGCUGGGGUGAGGUUACCUGGCUUUUCAUUAAACUCUUAGAGGGUCCCAGCCCCUAAAGAGGAAGAAACCUGCGUGAUCCAAGUCCUUUGGCGACCAAAGAGGUGUCUGUAUUCAGGGAGGACUCCACACCUUGACUCGAACUCUUUCCACCUCCUCCAGUAUUACCCUGACUCACAGAUCCCUGACUGCAGGAACCCCAUUCCUGGACAUUCACUGGUCCUGCCUGACCACGUGCUACCACCCAUGCCUGUCCCUUCCCAGCAACCAGUGAGAGUUCAGGAAGGGGCAUGACCAUGGAGCGGCUUUGGGGUCUACUGCAGAGAGUGCAACAGCUAUCCCCAGGACCCUCUCAGACCAUCUAUAAGCGUGUGGAAGGCACUCAACAGGGGUACCUGGAGGAAGAGGAAGACAGGGAGGAGGGGGCCGAGCCACUGGCCCACUUCUUCCCCAUGGAGCUGAGGGGCCCUGAGCCCAUGGGCUCUAGACUAGAGCAGCAAAACCUCAUACCCUGGGCAGCAGCAGGACGAAGGGCUGCCCCCUACCUGGUCCUGACAGCCCUACUGAUCUUUACUGGGGCCUUCCUUCUGGGAUAUGUGGCCUUCCGAGGGUCCUGCCAGGCAUGCGGGGACUCCUUAUUGGUGGUCAACGAGGACAUCAACUAUGAGCCAGGCCCAGACUCCAAACAGGGCACCUUGUACUGGAGUGACCUCCAGGCCAUGUUCCUGCGGCUCCUAAAGGAGGGGUGCCUGGAGGACACCAUCAGGCAAACCAGCCUUCGGGAACGCGUGGCCGGCUCAGCCGGGAUGGCUGCCCUGACUCAGGACACCCGCACAGCAUUCUCCCAUCAGAAGCUGGACCACGUGUGGACAGACACGCAUUACGUAGGGCUGCAGUUCCCCGACCCGGCUCAACCCAACACCUUGCACUGGGUCGAUGCGGCUGGGACGACCAGCGAGCAGCUGCCUCUGGAAGACCCGGACGCCUACUGUCCCUACAGCGCUACUGGCAACGCCACGGGAAAGCUGGUGUACGCCCACUAUGGGCGGCCCGAGGACCUGCAGAACCUUCGGGCCAGGGGCGUGGAGCUAGCGGGCUGCCUCCUGCUGGUGCGUGUGGGGGUGAUCAGCUUCGCCCAGAAGGUGGCCAGUGCCCAGGACUUUGGGGCCCGGGGAGUGCUCAUAUAUCCUGACCCAGAAGACUUCUCACAGGGCCCACACAAGCCAGGCCUGUCUAGCCACCAAGCUGUGUAUGGACAUGUGCACCUGGGAACUGGGGACCCCUACACACCUGGCUUUCCUUCCUUCAAUCAAACCCAGUUCCCUCCAGUUGAAUCCUCUGGACUCCCCAGCAUCCCAGCCCAGCCCAUCAGUGCAGAUAUUGCUUCCUACCUGUUGAGGAAGCUCAAAGGCCCUGUAGCCCCCCAGGAAUGGCAGGGGCACCUCCCAGACACCCCUUAUCACCUGGGCCCAGGGCCAAGCCUGCAGCUAAGGGUCAACAACUAUAGGGCCUCCACCCCCAUCAGCAACAUCUUUGGCUGCAUUGAGGGCAUCUCAGAGCCAGAUCACUAUGUUGUCAUCGGGGCCCAAAGGGAUGCAUGGGGCCCAGGGGCAGCCCAGUCUGCUGUGGGGACUGCCAUACUGCUGGAGCUGGUCCGGACCUUUUCCACCAUGGUGAGCAAUGGCUUCCGGCCUCGAAGGAGUCUUCUCUUCAUCAGCUGGGAUGGAGGCGACUUUGGGAGCGUGGGUUCCACAGAAUGGCUGGAGGGCUAUCUCAGCGUGCUGCACCUCAAAGCUGUGGCCUACGUGAGCCUGGACAAUGCAGUGCUGGGGGAUGACAAAUUCCAUGCCAAGACCAGCCCCCUUCUGAUCAGCCUCAUUGAGAACCUCCUGAAGCAGGUGGACUCUCCUAACCACAGUGGGCAGACACUCUAUGAGCAGGUGGCAUUCACUAAUCCCAGCUGGGAUGCUGAGGUGAUCCAGCCACUGCCCAUGGACAGCAGUGCCUACUCCUUCACAGCCUUUGUGGGGGUCCCCGCCGUUGAGUUCUCCUUCAUGGAGGAGAACCAGGCAUACCCGUUCCUGCACACAAAAGAGGACACAUAUGAGAACUUGCACCAGAUACUUCAAGGCCGCCUACCCGCUGUGGCCCAGGCUGUGGCUCAGCUCACUGGGCAACUUCUCAUCCGGCUAAGCCAUGAUCACUUGCUGCCUCUCGACUUCAGUCGCUAUGGGGACGUGGUCCUCAGGCACAUCGGCAGCCUCAAUGAGUACUCUGCGGACCUCAAGGCCCGCGGGCUGACUCUGCAGUGGGUGUACUCAGCGCGCGGGGACUACUUUCGGGCAGCAGAGAAGCUGCGGCAGGAGAUCUACAGCUCGGAGCAGGACGAUGAGCGGCUGAUGCGCAUGUACAACGUGCGCAUCAUGAGGGUGGAAUUCUACUUUCUGUCCCAGUACGUGUCGCCGGCAGACUCCCCGUUCCGCCACAUCUUCUUGGGUCGUGGAGACCACACUCUGGGCGCCCUGCUCGAUCACCUGCAACUGCUGCGCACUAACGGCACUGAGGCGCCUAGGGCCACCUCUUCUAGGGUGGCGCCUGGCCUGGGCUUCCAGGAGAGCCGCUUUCGGCGCCAGCUAGCCCUGCUCACCUGGACGCUGCAAGGAGCAGCCAACGCGCUUAGCGGGGACGUCUGGAACAUUGAUAACAACUUCUGAGGUCUCCCUGCCCACUCCUGCUUCCCUGCCAGGAACUCCUUUGCUCCCCGCUUGAGUGUGUCAGGGCGAAGGACGUGGCCCAGUGGCCUGUCAUUGCUAACCAAUCUCAUUCGCCCUUUUCGUCUCUCCGUGGGAGCCAAAACUCAGCGCAGACACCCAAACUCCCUAGCCCUGCAGUGUGGGUGAGCAGUCCUUUCAUAAUGUGAUGGUCAGAUUAUUGGUUAAUCAGAGAGCAGCAUUCCUUCAAUUACAGCUCCUUCCCUUUUCAGGAGCAGGGUCUUCCAUACUCGGAGACCACUUUGGAAGAUUUGCUAGGCCCUGGGAGAUUUGCUUGCCAGCUCUCCUAGUGGGAGAGGUCGCAGGCACCAUAGCCUUAUGGCCAACAGGCGGUCUAGGAUGGAAGUGGUGUGGGAUAUGGACGUCAAUAAACCAACUGGUGACAUUGGUUGUUCAUAA